CUUGUCUCUAUUACAGCUGUAUAUCCGUGCUUCUCCAAUCCUUGUGGCCAUAAUGGGCGAUGUGUGUCGGAGAGUGAAGGAGAUACGUACCGAUGCAAUUGCCAAGACGGAUAUAGUGGCAAAAACUGUGAAACUGGUCCAACUCUUGGUGGAUGCUACCCAAACCCAUGUCUUCACAAUGGAGAAUGUAUUUGGAAACAAGAGAACAAUGACUACCAGUGUAACUGCCUCGGCGGUUAUAGUGGGAGGAACUGUGAAACAGAUGAGAUUUUCAACCGCUCAGUUGCUGGCAUCACAAUUGCGUCUUUGAUCUUAGCCGUCGUUAAUGCAAUC